AUGGCCCAAAACUCAGUUCCCGGGGCUGUUAUGGGGUUCAGUAUAAACGGCACGAAUGUAUGGACGGAAGGCUUCGGUUAUACGGAUAUCGAGAAUAAUGUCUCAACACAUAAGGAAUCCAUUUGGCGGCUGGGAUCAAUUAGCAAAUCAUUGACUUCAGCACUGGUCGGGCAGCUCAUGGAUCGACAUUUCAUUGAUCUGAACGCAGAGAUCCAUAAAUAUCUGUCAAAAGAUUUCUAUCCGUUUAAGACAUUCAACGGAUCGGCAGUUAAUUUCACGGUUCGUGAAGUCAUGUCUCAUACGGCAGGCCUUCACUACAGUCUUGACGAAGAUAUUGAUAAAUAUUUGAUAAGACGUGCGGAUAAUGUGAGCCAAACCAUCAAACCAUUAAGAGAUGAGCCACUUUUAUUUAAACCUGGUACUAAUUGGGAGUAUUCAAACUAUGGUUUCCAAAUGGUUGGCGCUAUCAUUGAGUCCAUACUUAACAACACAUAUGAGAAUGAAAUGAAGAAAAUGUUUACACAAUUAAACAUGAAUUCAACAUUUGCUGAGAGAAGGGAAGCGAUUUAUAAACACAGACCACAAUACUAUCAAUUAUCAAACCUAACAUCCGGGACAUUGCAAAAGUCUGAUAUAAUCGAUGAAUUGCUUUCAUACGCGGGUUGGUGGCCCGCAGGGGGUAUCAUAUCCACCGCUGAAGAUAUGAUAAAAUUCGGGAACGUUAUGAUAGCCGCAUAUAAAGGAAUCCUACCAUUAGAUUUUAUAUCUCAAAAAACAGUGAAAGAGUUGUGGAGACCGGAGACUAUUGGCAUUCAAUUGCCCAAAGAAAUGGGUGAUAAUGACUACGGCAAAGCCUGGUUCAUACAACGAAAUCCGAGUCCAUUUAAGGAAGUCAUAUGGCAUUCGGGUGGCAUUACCGGCACGACUACCAUGCUCAAACUAUUCCCUGUUAAUUGA